UCUUGACCAUCACCAUCUUUUUUCUCCCUGAUGGACACGGCCACUCCAAUUCUGUCCGAUGAGUCCAGAGUCCUUGUUAUAUAUACCGGUGGCACCAUUGGGAUGCUUAUUGGAUCCAGAGGAUACGUCCCGGAGCCGUACUUUUUGACCGAAACGCUUCGCAGCCAGACACGGUUCCAUGAUCCGCUGCAAAAUUCUCUGUUCUCGAAUUCUGGUUCCGUGCAAGGCUUUCGAGAAUGGAGCACUGGCAGCGGAAGAUCUAGUCCUCUUGGAGGCAAUGCAACACCUAGCGCAUCAGUUAUUUCGACGCCUCAACAGCCCACCCUACUUGUUCGAUCAUCUCGUCCCAUCGGAACGUCAUAUGGGCUGACCCCAAAUCAAUCAUCGGCGGUAGCACACAGCAUCCAGGUCGCUGAGAACGUAUACGAAGCACACCUACCCAGCCUUGUCACACCUCGAAGCGCAGUUCCCGGGGGUAGUGGCAGCAAGUCCAUCAGAUAUGCUAUUCUAGAGUGGAACCCUUUGCUGGAUAGCAGUAAUAUCGAGAUUGACGACUGGAUACGUAUAGCAUCUGAAAUAGAACUCAACUACUCCUUUGACGCUUUCGUUGUACUCCAUGGUACCGACACCAUGUCAUACACCUCAAGUGCAUUGAGUUUCCUUCUGGAAGAUUUAGGAAAAACAGUCAUCGUCACAGGCGCGCAAAUACCAUUGUCGCAACUUCGAAAUGAUGCUACAGACAAUUUAAUGGGUGCGCUAACCAUCGCGGGACAUUAUAUUAUCCCAGAAUGUUCUCUGUACUUCAAUCAUACCCUGUUCCGGGGAAACAGGGUCUCAAAAAUAUCUUCAUAUGAUCUUAGCGCCUUCGAUAGCCCCAACUUUGCUCCGCUUGUGAAUGUUGGCAUCGACAUCGUAGUGAACUGGAACGAUGUGAUCAGGCAAACCAGUCUACGGCGUUUCCGAGCUCAUAAGCAGAUGAGCCCUCACGUCGCCACGCUUCGUCUGUUCCCAGGAAUUACAGCUGCAACUGUUAGCGCCUUUUUCAUGCCGCCUAUCAGAGGAGUUAUUCUGGAGACGUUCGGAGCUGGGAACGCUCCACAACGAAAAGACUUGAUGCUGGCCCUGAAGGAAGCCUGUGAAAGGGGGGUCAUCGUUGUUGCAAUCUCGCAGUGUGCCAAGGGUACAGUUUCAGACGCAUAUGAGACUGGAAGAACGCUUCUUCAAGCCGGUGUUGUUCCCGGGCAUGAUAUGACGCCUGAAUGUGCUUUGGCCAAACUAAGCUAUCUGUUGUCAAAGCCCGAGCUGAGUACUGACGACAUCAGAAAGCUCAUGGGUACGCCACUUCGUGGUGAGCUCACCCGACCAAUGUCUGGUGCUGUUCCAAGUCAACCCACCAUUGACCAGAACCUUGAGAAAAUCCAAGGAGUUCUGUCUCAGUUCGUUCGGCUAUUAGAACAGUCUGCUUCACCCGUACCAAAGAUAACCUUAUCUGCACCUGUAGAUGAAGCGUCUCAGGAUGCAGCUGCGUCUUGGUCCUGGACUGCAGCGGAGGCUGCUUCAACAGAAGCAGUACUUUUUCCAUUCCUUAUCCAUCUUGCCUCCGCGAGGAACGAUACUUCAAGUAUCCGAUUUUGUCUGGAUUCAUCAUCUACUCCAUCAAGAUAUUCAGACCCAGAUUCUGUGUUGAGUCCGUCGGUAGAUGCUCCCCAGUACGGUAACAUAGCAAACGGGCUAGUGAAUUCGCUAGAACCAGGAUCUGGUCGAUCUCCAUUGCAUGUAGCAGCUUUGAAUGGCCACACUGAGUCUGUCAAUGUCUUAUUGCAGUCGGGUGCUCUAGUUCAUCUGCGGGAUACUCUAGGACAUACACCGCUAUAUUACGCUGCCAGACAAGGCCACCGAGAUGUCGUUGAAGUCCUGGCUCAGGCUGGGGCCAGCUUAGGUGGCAUGGAUGAAGGCUUUGCAAGUACGGCAGCAAAGAACGCCGUCCGAGCCAACGACCGAAAAUGCCAAGAGACAUGGGACACCAUCGGAGUAAACAUAUCUAUAUGAAUAGAUAGAGCGCAAACUCAAAAGUUCAACGUUUACAAGAUCUGCGUAUCGAAGCACUUGUACGCAGCCUGUCAACCUUUUAAACCCCGGUCUUCCUUAAAAUCCCUGACCUAGAUACCCGACUUCUCCUUGGACCUACCGGAGCCGUAUAGGAUAGGAAAAACUAGAUGGCGCUCUCUAGCCAUACUUCGUAUAGCGUAAAGCCAUGGAGAUGCAAGAAAUGUUGAUGAUGAAGAGAUAGAUAGCGUGGUAUCGGACAUUCAAAGCCCUCUGCUGACGGGCGUUGCAAGUGGAUUUGAAGCCUUGAACUCAAGUCAGCUGAGAAGUAACCAGACCAGACGGUUUAGUUUAUAAGAGUAGCAACACCAGAACGAGCUUAGCAAACCUUUAGGCUUUCA